AUGGAAGCUUUGGGUCACGUUGGCAUUGGGCUCUUACCUUUCCAGUUAUGCCGAAUUCCACCGGCGACGAAGCUCCGUCGUAGCCACACCACUGUCUGUUCCGCCAGCAGAUGGGCCGAUCGUCUUCUCUCUGAUUUCAAUUUCACCACCGAUUCCUCCUCCUCCGCCACUGCCACCGCUACUCUCAUCUCUCCGCCACCACCAUCUAUCGAUCGUCCCGAACGCAACCUUCCCAUUCCCAUCGAUUUCUACCAGGUGUUGGGAGCCCAGACGCAUUUCUUAACUGAUGGAAUCAGAAGAGCAUUCGAAGCUAAGGUUUCGAAACCGCCUCAAUUCGGCUUCAGUGACGAAGCUUUAAUCAGCCGGAGACAGGUUCUUCAAGCUGCUUGUGAAACUCUUUCCAAUCCUCGCUCUAGAAGAGAGUACAACGAAGGUCUUCUUGAUGACGAGGAAGCUACAGUCAUCACUGAUGUUCCUUGGGAAAAGGUUCCUGGUGCUCUCUGCGUAUUGCAAGAAGCUGGUGAGACUGAGAUUGUCCUUCGUGUUGGAGAAGCCCUGCUUAAGGAGAGGUUGCCCAAGUCGUUCAAGCAAGAUGUGGUUUUAGUUAUGGCUCUUGCAUUUGUGGACAUCUCUAGAGAUGCCAUGGCAUUGGAUCCACCGGAUUUUAUUACUGGUUAUGAGUUUGUUGAGGAAGCUCUGAAGCUUUUGCAGGAGGAAGGAGCAAGCAACCUGGCACCAGAUUUGCGUGCACAAAUUGAUGAGACUUUGGAAGAGAUCACUCCGCGUUAUGUCUUGGAGCUUCUUGGCUUACCACUUGGUGAUGAAUACGCAGGGAAAAGACAAGAUGGUUUAAGUGGUGUACGCAACAUUUUAUGGUCUGUUGGAGGAGGUGGAGCAUCAGCUGUUGUUGGGGGCUUGACGCGUGAAAAAUUUAUGAAUGAGGCGUUUUUACGGAUGACUGCAGCUGAGCAGGUUGAUCUUUUCGUAGCUACCCCAAGCAAUAUUCCAGCAGAGUCUUUUGAAGUUUACGAAGUAGCACUUGCGCUUGUGGCUCAAGCUUUUAUAGGUAAGAAGCCCCACCUUUUACAGGAUGCUGAUAAGCAAUUCCAGCAACUUCAGCAGGCUAAGGUAAUGGCUAUGGAGAUUCCUGCACUGUUGUAUGAUCCACGAAAUAAUUGGGAGAUAGACUUUGGUCUGGAAAGGGGCCUCUGUGCACUGCUCGUAGGUAAAGUUGAUGAAUGCCGUACAUGGUUGGGCUUAGACAGUGAGGAUUCACAGUAUAGGAAUCCUGCUAUUGUUGAGUUUGUCUUGGAGAAUUCAGAUCGUGACGAUAAUCAUGAUCUUCCUGGACUCUGCAAACUAUUGGAAACCUGGUUGGCAGGGGUUGUCUUUCCUAGAUUCAGAGACACCAAAGAUAAACAUUUCAAACUUGGGGAUUAUUACGAUGAUCCCAUGGUCUUGAGCUAUUUGGAAAGAGUGGAGGUUGUUCAGGGUUCUCCUUUAGCUGCCGCUGCAGCUAUGGCAAGGAUUGGAGCCGAGCAUGUGAAGGCUAGUGCACUGCAGGCACUGCAGAAAGUUUUUCCUUCUCGCUAUGCAGAUGGAAUCUCGUCUGAACCCAAGGAUGCGCAAGAAAUGGUGUCAAAUGUAGAUUCUGUGGGUGACAGGGUAGGAGAUGAUGGUGAGGCGGGUAUCUUUAUUGGAGAAGCUGAAAGACCAUCUGAGAACUAUGAUAAAAAUGAUUAUGCAAUUCGAGCUGAGGUCUCAAAGAGUAGCAUUGAUGCAAAUACUGUUGAAAAGUCAACUGCUGAUAAGGUAAAGGAGGCAAGUGUGAAGAUCUUAUCUGCUGGUGUGGUUAUUGGAAUGAUUUCACUGGCCGGUCUGAAGUAUACGCAUUUUAAGAGCAGCUCAUCUUUUCAACGCAAGGAUAUGGCUUCUUCUAUGGCAUCUGACAUUACUACCAUAGGGUCUGUGAAAGCUGAGGAUUCAGAGGCACUUCCCAGAAUGGAUGCUCGGACUGCAGAGAGUCUUGUUAGCAAGUGGCAAAAGAUCAAGUCUCAGGCUUUUGGGCAGGAUCACUGCAUAGACAUGUUGCCAGAGGUUUUGGAUGGGCGAAUGCUGAAGAUCUGGACUGACAGAGCAGCUGAAACCGCGAAGCUGGGGUUGGUCUAUGAUUAUACACUGUUGAAACUAUCCGUUGACAGUGUGACUGUCUCAGCGGAUGGAACCCGUGCUUUGGUGGAAGCAACUCUGGAGGAGUCUGCUUGUCUAUCUGAUUUGGUUCAUCCAGAAAACAAUGCUACAGAUGUCAGAACAUACACAACAAGAUACGAAGUUUUCUGGUCCAAGUCAGGGUGGAAAAUUACUGAAGGCUCUGUUCUUACAUCAUAA